UGGAGGCGAACGGAGGUGGUGGCAGGGCGCGGGUUUCUCUGGGCCUUCGAGUCUCAUACCCCCGAGCAGUCUCAGAGAUUCCGGGGACCGAUCUCUUCUGACCUGAAGCCUAUCCUCGCCGCCGAGGUGUCACCGGGCAAGAAACCGCCCCGGCCCCUAGUGGCGGAAGAGAAGGAGCAGGCCGGGGGGAGGGAAGGCGAAUGGAGAGGGGGCGGUCCUGGUCCGGAAAGGUUGGGAGGGGGAAGGGGUUUAGCUGCGAGCUGUCAACCUUAUCACCUGCUUCCCCAGCCCCCGUCCUCCCGUAGAGGGCCUGCAACCUCGAGCCCCUUCUUCUCUGAGCUCCCGCUAACCAGGUUGGACAUUCAGUUUGCUUAGAAAUCGACAUUUUCCAAGAUGGGUGAAAGAAAAGGUGUAAACAAGUAUUACCCUCCAGACUUUGAUCCAACAAAGCAUGGCUCUCUCAAUCGAUACCACCACAGCCACCCACUUCGGGAGAGGGCACGGAAACUUUCUCAGGGCAUUCUUGUCAUCAGAUUUGAGAUGCCCUAUAACAUCUGGUGUGAUGGCUGUAAGAACCACAUUGGCAUGGGUGUUCGUUACAAUGCUGAAAAGAAGAAGGUUGGCAAUUAUUACACAACCCCCAUCUACAGGUUCAGAAUGAAAUGUCACCUCUGUGUCAACUACAUCGAGAUGCAGACAGAUCCUGCCAAUUGUGACUAUGUGAUUGUGAGUGGUGCCCAGAGGAAGGAGGAGCGAUGGGACAUGGCGGACAAUGAACAGAUCCUGACCACAGAGCAGGAGAAGAAACAGAAGCUGGAGACUGACGCCAUGUUCCGCCUGGAGCAUGGCACCACAGACCAGAGCAAGUUGCAGAAGGCCAUUCCCAGCUUGUCCAACAUCCAGGAAGCCCAGAGCGCCUGGAAGGAUGACUUUGCCCUUAACAGCAUGCUAAGGAGAAAGUUUAGGGAAAAGAAAAAGGCCAUAAAGGAAGAGGAGGAAAAAACACUGGCUCUACAGACCAAGGCGAACCUCAGUAUCCCCCUGGUGCCUGAAACAGAGGAGGACCGGAAGCUUGCUGCUCUGCUCAAGUACCACAGCCUGGACUCAUAUGAAGACAAACAGAAAUUGAAACGGACAGAAAUCUUCGGCCGCUCCUGGUUCCCUUCUACCCCAGUACCCGGGGCCAGCAACAGCAAGGUGAACAGUGUUCUCAAGAAACUGGCAGUUAGCCGAAAACCCAUGCCCAGUGCAUCCUCCAUCACUAGCAGUGACUUAGGAAUUGUACGUCGGAAGUCCAGGGAUGGCCUUGAGGGCCCUCAAGAAUCGGGCCUUGAAGCUCCAGAGCCAAGUGCAAUGAAGGAGGUGGAUGAAAACAUCCCAGGAGGAUCUUCAUCAGAGACACACUAUCCCCCAGAUGUGGAAACACAGAGGGGCCCCAGCAGCACCUCCAUCCUCAGUUCUCUAGUUGCAGACUAUUCAGACUCUGAGAGUGACUAAUAGUGACUAAUAUUAUCAUUCCCUCCAUCAUCCUAGGCUGCCUUCCCCACCAAGAAAUCCUCACUCCCCCAGGGAGGCUUCCACUCGCAAAGAGACCAUAUAUGGAUGGGCUUCUUCCCACCAAGCCUUCCUAGAAUGAGAAACUUCUUUUCCCCUCAAGACUUCAAUUCUCUGUAAAUAAUUGGGUUUUUAUUUAUUUAACUGAGGAGGGAGUCUGUGUGGUGUCUGACUUGAAUCUCCGACACGAAUUUAUUAAACCCCCACCUAUUAAAUCCA